GUUCGCUGUCGGCGUCAUCUCGUCAUGCGAGCGGCUCGGGGAGCGUCGGCCUCUCCCUCCAUCCUCCGCCGCUGCCGGUGAGGAGGAAACGGAUCGGACACUCGGGGAAUCUCCGGUGAACCUCCAGGCGCCUAAACAAAAAAAAAGCCUCGGUCGUUUUGUUUUUUUUCCGUGUUCGUGUCGGAUUGUGACGGUGGGGGGGGGGCGCGCAGCUGCAGCGGGGAGAUGCUGUCAUGCAGAGAGACGUCAUUGAUUUAAAUAAACAAAUACAGCAGUGAGAUCGUUUCUUAAAGCCGGAAUCACCGGGACAGGAACCGACCUGUCAUGAUUUUUACAGAGAGCCGUCGAGGAAGUGAACGCAUGACAAGCGGUUCACCAACAUCCGCCCUGCCGCCCAGCGCGACGAGGUUACAGGAACGACGAGACGGAUGAUCCAAAAAAGUGUUAAUGAUCAAUCCGAAUUUUCCACGCGUGGAGUCAGUUCAUCUCCAACUCUCUCUUUCUGCCCAUUCGAUUAAAGUUUAUGAUUCAGUGCAGAGCAGUUAAAGGGAUUUUAUUCACGCUGGAUCGUUCCCUCAGAAUGGAGCCUGAAACGCUUAAACCACAUUCAACUUCAGCUUGAAACCACUUUCAUUUCUAAAAGAACAGCAGUUCACGACCUGAAAGGUUAAGAAGCAACAAAAACAUCAAAGCAACUCUCUUCAAGGAUUAAAAAAAAAAACCUGUUGACGCCAUAGCGCCGCUCCGUUGUCGAUACCGGGUCGGUAACGUGCUGUUGAGAUGCUGGACGUGGUGAAGAUGAAGGAGGCCUGCAGGAUCUGCGCCCGCGAGCUCUGCGGCAACCAACGCCGGUGGAUAUUCCACCCGGCGACCAAGCCCAACCUGCAGGUGCUGCUGUCCCACGCCCUGGGCCACGAGCUGACCCGAGACGGCCGCGGGGAGUUCGCCUGCUCCAAGUGCGCCUUCAUGCUGGACCGCAUGUACCGCUUCGACACGGUCAUCGCCCGCGUGGAGGCCCUGUCCCUGGAGCGUCUCCACAAGCUGCUGUUGGAGAAAGACCGACUGAGGCAGUGCGUCGGGGGCAUGUACCGGAAGAACAACGCGGAGGAUGGGGCGGUGGCUCUGCCCGGGUCCGUCGCGGUGGUCGCUGGGACCGACGGGGGGUCUGAGGACGCUGCUGUGGUCGAUUUGACGGCCCUGCAGGAUGGGAGAUACACCCACAUGAUCCAGGACGAUCUGACUUACUCGUUGUACGAAUCCUGGGCCGAUAAGGAGGAGCCGGCCCUGGACCACCACACCCUGGACCAACACCACCAUGCCCAGUGCCCGGGAGCGGACUCUGUCUCUGGCCAGAAGCCGAGGCGGUGUCGGGGUUGCGCGGUGCUCCGCGUUGCUGAUUCCGACUACGAGGCGGUGUGUAAGGUGCCUCGAAGGGUUGGCCGCCGCAGCACAUCCUGCGGUCCGGCUACCCGCUACUCGGCAGCCACUCCGGGAGUCGAGGACCCCGCCAGAACAUCUGAAGAGUCUGAGGCCACAGCUGUCGUCUUUGAAUCCUCUUCGGCCGGGUUGGACACUGAUAAGAUCCCGUGUGACGGAUUGAGCCCCAGCCCGGCAUCGUCCGUGGAAUCUCUCGACACCGCCGUCGACGUGAGCUGCCUUCCUGUGAACCACAAAGAAGGAGACGAAACUGGUCCAGAGGAGGCGCCGGCGAGAAGGGACACUCCUUGGGACAAAUCCCAGAGUGAGUGCUCCCUCUCCGGGCUCGAGAUGAUGCUGAGCCUCCUGAGGGGCUGGGAGUACCGGCCAGUGAAGCACCAAAGGGGCAGCAAGCUCCCAGUUCUGGGGAAAGCCAAACCAGAGCAAGGCCUGUCUCUGCCCCUGUCCAUCCAACUGAGGUCGCCCUGUGGAGGGACAGUCUGCGAGCUGUUGUCCCACCAGCCCUUACCGGAGAUAGUGUGUCCCCAGCAGGAGCUUUUGCAGGCGGAGAUGGACGAGAUGGAGGAGCAGUGGCUGGACGAUUAUGUUCCGUGCGGCCCGUUCCGUUUCCACCAGAGGCGGAUUGAUGAGCAGCAGAGCGAGCUCAGCCGCUACGACAGCGAUGCAGGUCAUUGUGUCGGCGAGCUGCAGAAGGCCCGGGACCAGGUCGGCCUGCUCCAAGCCAAGAUCAGAGAGAGCGAGACCAGGAACCAGAAGUUGCAGGAGCGUCUCUGUAAGAUGGAGUUGCAGCUUCGUUCGGCCCAGGAGGAAGCCCGGCAACAGGAGAGAAGCAUCCAGAACAUCACUGAUGCCGCAAACUCCAAAGAGACAGAGGCUGCAGAGCUGUGUCGGGUGAUCGAGGAACAGAAUAAGAUGCUGUGUUCUCUCAAAGAGCUCGCCAACAGCAACCAGCUGCAGGUGUCGGGUGCGGCCUGUAUUGGCGGUCAGGGCGAGGUCCUGGCACUGCAGGCGUCCCUCUUCCAGGCCCAGCUGGAGCUGCAGGCGGGUCAGCGGGGGCAGCGGCAGGCGGGCAGGACGCAGGAGGACCUGAGCCGAGCCCUGCAGAGGUCGGAGAGAGACCUGCAGGGGGCGCUGCAGCACAGGAGGGAGACAGAGAGGCACAACCAGGAUCUGCAGCUGGCUCUGGAGGAGGCCCGAUCGGCCCUGCAGGAGAGAGAGGAGCAGCGGAGGGAGGCCCAGGGAGAGAGAGCGAGGCAGGAGGAGGAGAGCGAGAGGACCAUCCGAGAGCUGAGGACGUCCCUGCAGACCAAAGAGCAGCUGAUAGAGAACUACUGUGAGCUGCUGCAGGAUCCAACGGAGAAGAGAGACUCUCUGCUUCAGAAACUCCGCCUGCGCAUCAAGGAGAGAGACCAAGCUCUCGAGCGAGCGGUGGACGACAAGUUCCGCACCGUGGCGGAGAAGGAGGAGGAGGCCCGUCGGCUUCAGCUGCUGCUCCGAGAGAAGGAGCGGGACCUGGAGAGGCAGCGCUGCGUCCUGUCAAACAACGAGGAGACCAUCACUAGCCUGGAGGUGCUGGUGCGUGGUAAGGCUCUGCAGCUGGAGCAGGUGUGCGACGCCUGGAGGAACGUCCAGCGGCAACAGCUGGAGAGCAAAGAGAGACUGAGCAGCAUCCUGAGAGAGAGAGACGCCAUCAUCAGCCAGCUGCAGGCGGCGCUGCACGCUCGCACGCAGGAGGCUCAGGACCUACGCUGCUCCCUCCUGGCUCACGUCAAGUCAGCUCCCAGCGACGUCCUCGAGGAGCUGCAGGUCCGCCUCCAGCUCAAAGACCGCCUCUUCCAGGAAGUGAUGGCCGACCGGGCCCACCAGACCCAGGAGCAUCAGGAGCAGGUUCAGGAUCUUCUCCGAACCAUCAGCUCCAGGGACCAGUACAUUCAGGACUCCGCGGGCCGGCUCGGUGAGGUGCUCGCCGAGCAGACGGGGAGGCUGCAGGAGCUCCGCAGACAGCUGAGCUCAGGUGUCGGAUCGGCGUCCCACUCCGGACCGGACUCGGCUGUGGAGCUCCAGGUGGUGCAGGAGGAGCUGCGUCUGGCUCUAAGGAGUGGAAAGGAGGUCCAGGAGCUGGCCAGCCGGGUGGACUCCCUCACCGGGACACUACAUGUCAAAGAGCAGAUCAUCAGGGACCUCCAGAGGCAGAUGGUGGAGCCCUCCGGUCUCCCGCUGGUGGAGCGGUUGACCCAGGAGGUCCAGCAUCUGAGGGAGAGCCUGGUCCAGCGGGACGGCCCCCCGGCCACAGGGCCCAUCGGCAGGCAGCCCGGGUUUGGAGAGCUGAGCUCAGAGGACGAAGACGAGGCGGAUGAUGAUCUGAACAGCGAGUGUACCGAGAGCGUUGAUGAAGAGGAGCCCAAGCCGAGGGUCCAGUCCGGGGUCAGCUCCAAGGGUUCUGGAGGUACAGGAAAGCCUCCUUCCCAGGACCUGUUCUUUGAAGGUCAGGGACUGACGGAGGUCAAACAGCUGGUGGAGCAGAAGAGGGCGGUGGAGAGAGAGCUGGGAGAGCUGAAGGCGCAACUGGAGAAGACCGGCUUCUCCUCACUUUCACAGAUGAGGAAAGCUCUUUUUAGCCUGCGGGCAGAAAACGGAGAUUUGAGGCAUCAGCUGAGUGACAGUACACAAAGUGAUGACCAGAAAGUGUCCGACCGCGCUGAGGAGGACGAGGAGGAGGAGGAGGAGGAGUUGGAUGUGACCAUAGAAGGGGUGGAGGAGGAUGAAGAGGAGGAGGAAAGCUCUGAGACGUGGGACACUUGGGAUGGCGAGUUGUCUCUUUCGCGGAUCAACGUCCAGACCUCUGAUGAGCUGAGAGCCGCCGGACCCGAGUCCCUGCACCUGCCCGCCAACUCCCCACAGGAUGCCCUGGACAUCGAGCUGCCGGCCGGUCAGCCGCAGGGCGCCGUGUCCUCUGGGAAGACGGUCCGUCUGCAGCAGAAGAGCAAAGAGCUGCAGGACAGACUGAUGGUGUCUGAAGCCACAGUGCACGCUCAGGCUGAGCAGCUCAAGGACUACAGGGAGCUGCUCACGGAGACAGCAGUGCAGCAGGACAGUAAGCAGAUCCAGGUGGACCUGCAGGACAUGGGCUACGAGACGUGCGGCCGCAGUGAGAACGAGGCCGAGAGGGAAGACACCAGCAGCCCAGAGUUUGAUGACCUGGAGAUGUGCACGUCCCUGGACUGCGGCACCCAGUGGUGGCCCGCCGGCAGCAGCAGCAGCAACAACGGCAGCUCCACCUUCACGAAAACCCCCACCCGGAGCUCCGGGGACGGAGACGAGAUGUCGUCUCUCCAGCGCCUGGUGGAGGACCUUCGCUCCCAGCUGUCCCGCUCUCAGGGAGUGAUCCGCGGGCUUCAGAGCCGUCUGCGGUCCCUCUCCGCCGCCAGCGACUGCGCGCCCUCCACACCCCGCAAGGUCAACUGGUCCUUCCAGGCCUCGCCCUCCCAGAGCGGGGCGGAGGAGGACGAGGGCUGGCAGUCGUCCGACGGAGGCCCCCUGGCUUCGCCCCGCCACCCCCACCCGGACAAGGGCCUGCAGGAGCUGGUGUCCCGCGUGGACGCACUGGAGGACCAGCUGAGGAAAGGAGGCAAAAAGUCUGUCAGCGAGGACCUAAAGUCUGCCACUUGGCCAGGUAAAUUCGACACUCUGAUCCAGGCUCAGGCCAGAGAGCUGUCGCACCUCCGCCAGCGGCUGAGGGAGGGCCGCGGCGUGUGCAACAUCCUCACGCAGCACCUGGGAGACACCACCAAGGCCUUCGAGGAGCUGCUGAGGGCCAACGACAUCGACUACUACAUGGGCCAGAGCUUCAGGGACCAGCUGGCUCAGAGCGGCGCCCUGGCGCAGCGCGUCGCCGCCAAGAUCAGCGGACGAGAUCAUCCUGAAGAUCCAGAUGAGAAGACAGAGCUGCUCGCCAUCCGGCUCAGUAAGGAGCUGCAGCAGAAAGACAAGAUCAUCGAGUCUCUCCGCACCAAACUAAACCAGCACCACCAGCAUCAUCCCCAUCAGCGCUCUGACACGCCCUGCAGCGGCCACGCCCUCUCCGACGCCACCGACCAGUCGGACCGCAUCUCCUACGUCUCCGACGAGCACGGGUCCACGAACGAGGACCUCGAUCCUUGCUCCGACGUGGACGCUGCCAGCGAGCUCGGUCAGAAGGAGUCGCGGACCUUCACCAGAGCAGAUUGCCACAGUGGCACCAUGUCACAUCAUGCGUCUGUACCUCCAUCCAUCACCUCAUCCCAUAGAACCCAGUCCUGCCUCAGCUGCCCCAGCAUGCAUCGCCCCGGCUCGCCGCACGUGCCCGCGGACAUGAGGAGUCAGACAGCUCCUGCCUCUGCCCCCUUCCCCACUCCCCCCUCCUUCCCCUCCUCCACCGCCCGCAGGGUACCUUUGCCCUUCCACUCCCACCCCGCAACCCUGCGCACCCGUUACCCGGGCAGCAGGGGAGAGGGGUUCUCCCUGGCGGAGGUCCAGCAGGAGCUGCAGAUGUUACAGAGGCAGCUGGCAGACAAUGAGAGGUUUUCCACUCCGCAGUCCAAACCACUUCAUGGUUUCCCGUGUGCCCACCAGCAGCCCGACUGCUCUGCCUUUCUGCCUCUCUCCUACAAUGGAUACCAGCCUUCUCCGUUCAGCAGCGGCCCGGACGCCAGCUCGGCAAUGAAGGCCGGCGCAAGUCUGUUGGAGAGCGGUGCAUUGUGGGAUAUGAGCUACGGUACCCGACCGGUGAGACUCGGAGCAGACCUGUCCUCGGGAUCCUCGGGGUACCAAUCCGGCGCCAGUAACACAGGUUCAGACCUGAUGAAGGAGCACCUGAGGGAGAUCAGAAGUCUGAGACAGAAACUGGAGGACUCCAUCCAGACCAACGAUCGCCUCCGGCAGCAGCUGGAGGAGAGGCUGGCUCACACCUCCACUGAGAAAGGUGCUCCUACCAACAUCUACAUCCAGGGUCUGGACUCCGUCGGCCAGCUGUCCAGUGAGCUCAGACUUAUGAAGGAAGAGAACGUCAGUCUGCAGAACCAGCUUAAACAGGCCACCAGAGAGGGCAUAAAGGAAGCGGAGCAGCUGAGGGAGGCGGGGCUGGAGGUGGAGAGGUGGGCGGAGCAAAGCAGGAAGCUGCAAACCGAGGCUGAAGCCUGCAGCCAAGAGAUGACACAACUGAAACAUGACAGACAGAAGAACCAGGAAGCCAUCAACAGGCUGCAGCACGACGUGAGCGUCCUGCAGCAGCAGCUGUGUGAGAGCCGCAGUCUGGUCCACUCUCUUCAGUGUGAGCUGCAGGUGUACCACAGAGUGUGUGGAGUCAACGCAAACACACAUGCAGGUCGUGGAUGCGACGGUGCCCAACUUGGACACGGCGCUGCGACUUUUGACCCUGGAGAGCUGCACGUUCAGCUGGAGCAGCAGCUGAGCAGACAGGCCGACACACAGCCUCCCUCCAGGAGACGGCUGUUCAACGAAAAUGUUCCCUCGCCUCCUGUGAGAGACACUGGACUUAUCAGUCCUUCCUCUCCUCAACAUCCUGCACAGAAACAUGCUGCAGAAACUGGAGCAUCCGGUCAAGCCUCGUCGCUGCAGGGCCAAGCCCCUGACGGCUCAUUCGCCAACCGCCGCGGCCGCCACGCCGUGGGCCAUGUGGACGACUUCACAGCUCUGCAGCAGCAGCUCCUGGAGGGCGGCGCUCUCCUCCGCAAGAUGGAGACUACAUUUUAUUCCCUGAGCACGACGCAGGAGUUCCGCCUUCAUCAGCCCACAGACUCGGGUCCAGUCGGCAAGCUGCUGUCUGACACUAAAACCCUGGGAGAGAUCCUGGAGGAGGCCGGCGCUCUGCUGCGGAUGUUCUGGAGAGCAGCUCUGCCGAACCACGAGGAAUCCAAUCAGGACCGGUCUCUGAGGGACGAGGUCGCCUCGCUUCGUCUGAAGCUCUCGGAGCACGAGCGGGCUCUCAAGGACGCCACGGAGAGAGUGACAAGCUCCAACCGCACCAAAGAUAGCAUGGAGCACUUUAUAGUCAACCAACUGUCGAGGACACGGGACGUGUUGAGGAAAGCAAAGACAAACUUGCAGGAGAACACCCGGGAGGCUUCUGUGAGCUCGCCCGCUCUCCUGGUCGGGGUGUCAUGAAGCCGGGGGCUUCCUCCUGCCCUGAUGUCCCAGGACCGUCUCUCUACCAGCGCCCCCUGCAGUCAGCCUUCCUGUAGUGACACAUCCCCGAGCUCCUUCUCCUCUCAUUGUUCUCACAGAAAGCGCAAUAAAUCUCUCCCAUCAGCUGGAAAGACAUUGACGUUGAUAGAUUUCUGCUGGUUGAUGAGACAUUGUGAAUGAAUGGCGUGAUUGAUUUAGUAUCGGGAUAUUGUGUGUAGGGGUUGUUGUGGUUGUUAUUGUUGCAACCAUCAAUUGAAGGGUUUUGUCUUAUUUAUGAGACUAAUCUGAGUUUGGCUGGAGUUGGUUUGUGAAUCAUUGUUAUGAUUAAGCCUUUUUUUCAAUUUCACACAAAUUCAGGGAUAAAAAAAUAGAGGUUCGGUAAGGCUUGGUCUUAUCUUAAAGGCAACGCUUUUCCUCAAUUUCAAUUUAUAAUAACCACUUAAGAGGAAUAUAUUUUCCCUUGACUCCUAAAUCAGAAGCCAACUUCAGCCCUGCACAUUAGCAUGGAUUUGAUAAAAGAAGAUUCACUGGAUGCCAGCAGAAAAGGGGCUUUGAAAAAGCCCAAACCAAGCUGCAAAGUGCUUCCUCUCAGCCUCUGUCGAGGCUCAUGUAUGUAGUAAGCAUGUAGAAUAGUUGCAUGUGGUUUGAGCAGCAAGUGGAAAAAAGCCAUACUCUCUGCAGUACAUUAGGUGCAUUUUUGCUUUGUUCCAUUUGUCCUAAACAUGGCCAGCUACUGAUAACUUAUGAUAAAUACUAUAAAACUACAAUAGACGUUUUUCCAUAUAGCUGGUAGAUGCUCUUAUAAACUCCAAAGUAUUCCCCAUAAGUAUGGAGUCAGUGCUCUUCAGAUAUUUAAUAACCGAUAUGGGUCCAACCCAGUUUCUCCUGCUGAAGCACUAACCUGCAGUGUUGGAAGGCCUGCUGACGAAACUGCUCAGCAGCGUCAUUCAAUAAACAAGCACAUGCUCAGCCAUAUGUGUGAUGCCUUCAGUGACCUAUCCGAUAAAAUCAACUAAUUUUAUAGUGCACAGUCCAAGAGCGAGUUAAUUGGACCAUACUUUUAUCUCUUCUUUUAAAUAUUUUUCUGUCCUUUUGGUGUUCCUUAAUUAUUUUUGAUCACAUUUGUGAAUGUCUCUAUGUUUGAAUGUCCUUCAAAACGACAAUCAGUUAAAAACAAAGAGGGAGAAACAUCCAUUAUGUAAGGAUUACUUCUUCCAAGCAUCUGCAGGAUUGGUGACGCUCACUGUGUAAAUCAACUUUUUGGAAAUUAGGUGUUUGUAGCUUAGCUGUUUCUUUUUUGCAUGGACUUUGUCUUCAAUGCCCUCUGAUACCUUUACUGAUAUAUGCAAUGUUUGGGUUACUGUGCAAUAAUAAGCUCUGUGGUGGAUUUUUGUUGAUGUUUUAGGCCUCAGUAUCAAAGUGCCAUGCUAUCUGUUAUAGCUCAUAGGGCUGAAUUGAUUUAAGUUUACGUACUUUUGUUUUUUGACAAUCAUAUGAAAGCAUAUUUAUAGGCCCACUUAUCUUUGGCAUAAAAUAUACCUAACUUUUUAAAUGUGGAAACAAGGCAGAGUAACUGUUUAAGAACAUUGUAAUGACUAAUUUAUAAAGCAAUAACAAUUAACCAAAGUGUACAACUAGUAUGUUGUUGAAUCAGGUGUAAAAUAAUCAAGUUGAGAGAUUUUUUUGUACAAUUCCCCCAUAGGUUAAAGGUUAAACUGGGUCUUUCUAAGUGUCUGUGUGGUUUUAGGUACCGCAUCUCAUGUAUGUACAUAUAAAAGUGUGUUAUUUUGUUGCUGUUCCAAAAAGACCAGCAGUAUUUCUAAGCAUGUUUGCUUUGUUAAAAACGAUUUUGGGGAAAGAGAAAAACACCUUUUCAAUAAAUAAAGGAAACAAAAUGAA